AAUUCGAACUAGAAAGCUUAAUUUCACUUGCCUGCUGCAAAAAUGCAUUUUCAAAACAGGCAUAAAACCAAAGUGCAGGAAUUUUUCAUAUCCAAGAGCUGCAGGCAAAUAAACUUAACGGUUUAGAUGCCUCAUUCGCUGACCGCAGCACCAUUCUAAGCGCUAAUUAAAGCAGAAUGGCUGUUUAAUCUGCACUGGAAAGUAAUUUCAAUGCGAAAUUUGCGGACUUGUUUCGGUGCCAUCAGGUGAAGAGUGCCACUUCCCACUGCUAAAAACCAAAGGAAAACUUGGGGUCAGACGCUGGCCCAUCAGCUAGUUAUUCAAAUGCGUCCACGCCAAUUUCAAGGUUCCUGAACCAAUUUGAAACUGGUACCAUUGAGGAAGGCGAUUAUUAGUGAUAUUUGUCAAAUGGAAAUGUUCGAAAUCGACCGGAAUGUUAUCGAAAAAAGCGAAUAAAAUUUAACAAUCGCGUUACUGUGACGCGCUGCAAACUGCUGAUUGAGUGAGUGAAUGAGAAGCGGAACCGCUCUUUGGGACCAGUCUAUGAUGCAAUAGGCUUAAAACUAAGGAAAAAGUUUUCACCGGCGGCUCAGAGUUUCUGCUAGAUGACCGUAAUAUAAAAAAUUCAAUGCGGGUUCCGUGACAAGCCACUACUUUUAAUCGGACAUCAAGAACAUUUUGUGAAUAAUUGGGCACCAAUAAUUAGAAAAUUCCGACUCGGAAUUGGUUCCAUGUAAUUAUAAAGUGAUUCUAUUCAAACAGCCAUAGCAAUUAGGCACCUGAUUUCGAAAACCGUUCAGUUCCGUACAGUGAGCGCGUUGUGCAUCAACGACAUAUUUCGCCAUAAGUGCGGCAUGUUCUCACACUGAUCCGGCUUCAAAAUGACUAUAGUGAACUCACCAACGCCCAGUUCCAUCCCGAUCAGGAGCAUAAUAUGGGUCAAACUGUUCACCUGCACGUUGUUCUUGUACAUGCUCAGAACCAACAUGUCGCUCAUUCUCCUGGCCAUGGUGGACUCAGACAGGGGCAACAAUGACACGCAAUCCCUGCCCGAAUGCCUGGCGCCUUACGGCAAUGCCACGAUCAAAAACACUGAAACCAUCAGCGCUCAGAGACGCUCAGAAACCACAUUCGAUUGGGACCCCAACCUGCAGGGCCUGGUUUUAGGCUCCUACUUUUGGGGAUUUUUCAUCAGCAACAUGCCAGCAGGAGCCAUAGCCGAACGAUACGGCCCCCGCAACUCCGUGGCCGUUUCUUUCACCCUUAGCUCCAUUCUGACGCUCUUUGGGCCCUUGUGCGCCUCCGUGCACCCCUAUCUGCUGAUCGCCAACCGAUUUGUGAUCGGCCUGCUGGGGGGAAUCGUGUAUCCAGCAGUACAUUGUCUGAUCGCCAAAUGGGCGCCGCCGGCCGAAAAGGGCAAAUUCAUCAGCGCCACCCUGGGCAGCUCAUUGGGCACAGUCUUCACCUGGCCCCUUCUAGGCGCAAUUAUCGAGCAUCUGGGCUGGAACUGGGCGUUCUGGACCUGCGGCAUUUUGGGGCUGCUCUGGACGGUUCUGUGGGUGAUUUUCGUGCGCGAUUCACCUGAACAACAUCCCUGGAUCAGCAGCGCGGAAAAGGAGUACAUCAGCCACAGUUUGGCUGGCACAGUUUCGACCCAGAAGCGCAUUCCUCCAUACAAGUCGAUCUUCCUCUCCGUGCCGUCAUGGGCGUUGUGCGUCGCCCAAUUCGGCAACCUUUGGGGGCUGUUUUUCCUGAUGACGGCCGGUCCCAAGUUCAUGUCCAGCGUGUUGGGCUUCGAUUUGGGACACACCGGCUUCCUAGCCGCACUUCCCUACCUGGCGCGGAUGAUCGCCGGGUUCUCAUUUGGGGCCAUCGGCGACCUGAUCGUCCGCCGGGCCUUGCUGUCCAAAACGGCGCUUCGCAAGAGUUUUGUGAUCUUCUCUCACAUCGUGCCUGGCUGUCUUCUGAUCGCUCAGACGCUCGUCGGUUGCCAAGCGACCUGGGUGACAGUCCUGCUGACGCUGUCGCUGGCCUUUAAUGGCGCCAGCACCAUUACUAACCUAUCCAAUGCGCAGGAUUUGGCCCCCAACUUUGCAGGCAGCCUUUAUGGGAUCGCAAACUGCGUCGGCAGCACCACUGGCAUCAUCAGCCCAAUGGUAGUGGGCUAUUUGACGUCCGAUCAUAAUGGCAUUAAAGAAUGGCACAUAAUCUUCUACAUCGGCGCCGCAGUUUAUAUUGCCUGCGGGCUGUUCUUCAUGGCCUUCGCCUCGGCAGAGAUCCAGCCCUGGAACUACGCGAAGGAGGACCUGGGGAUUAAGCAGAUCGAAGGGGUCGACAAUACUGGGUUCCAGGAAAAAUUCGAAGAUCUGGCAUGAUGUUGUAGGAAAUGACAUGUAUUUUAUCGCCUUGGGACCAAUUUUAUUUAUACAGCAGAUGGGCAUUAUAGCUGUCAAAUUGACAAGUAUUUAGGA